UCAACAUACACCACGUACCCAAUCAAUGAUGGAAGGUAAUUCAAAAUCAGUGAAAAGAAAAAUUGAGGAAGUCGAUGCUGAUGCAAGCGAUGAAAAAUCGCUGGGCAUCAAACGAUUUUUAAGGGUACCCAGAAAAGGUGAGGAGGAAACAAACAGUGACAUUUCUCAGUCACAUGGAAGAAGCAACUUGUUCCCUACUUGGAAGUGGAAAGGAACCUUACUUUAUUAUGAGUCACAGGACAUCCAGCCUUUGCAACAAAUUGCAGCCUUUGACUUUGAUGACACGUUGGCAAAAACAUCUUUAUUCAAACAUGGACCAGAUGCUUGGUCCAUACUUUACUCUUCUUGUAUACAGAAACUAACAAACCUUCACAAGGAUGGAUAUAAACUUGUGAUCUUCACUAACCAGGCUGCUAUCGGCAGAGCAAAGGCCUCGAAACAAAAGGUUACAGAUGAAAAGAAAGGCAGGCUCAUUGGGUUUGUCAAGAAGGUCGCUCUACCCUUUCAGGUCUUUGUAGCUACAUCACAGGAUUCCUACCGUAAACCAAGCACAGGGAUGUGGGAAUUCUUCUGUCAAAAAUGUAAUGGUGGCAUGAAAGUGAAUAAGGAGAAGAGUUUCUUUGUUGGUAAUGCUGCUGGAAGGGCAAAAGACCAUGGGGCAAGUGAUAGAGAAUUUGCCACAAAUUGUGGGCUGACAUUUUACACUGAGGAUGAAUUCUUUUUGAAGGAUGUAUUGAUGAGCAAAGAAAAUGAAUAGGUGUUCCAUACCUGCAGGAAUGUGUACGACAUUUUGUAGUUAUAUUUUGGUCAUUGUGUAAAAUAUUUUGUUGUUAUUUAAUAACCAAAUAUCUUAAAGGUGUUUUUAAAACAGUCAAUUCUCAAAGCAGUAUUUAUUCUGUUAAGACAUGCUUUGUGUAUUUCUUAUUUAAUAAAAUGUAAAUGGUGCUUCUUGUAACAAAGUGUAGCUGCUGUUACUUCUAAAUAAAUCUGUAAGUCCAAAGCCCAAGCCUUGGUUAAACUUUAUUUGAGUAGCCAGCCCUAACACAUUCAAUGUUCACUUCCAAUUACUUUUGAACAUUUCCAAAAGUGGCAGGGAAACCCACAGGAUAUCAUUGUCUAAAAUUUUCUAGAAUGUAUCAAUUUGAGGAAAAGAUUAAAAAAAAAAACUGGGUACAAGUUACAAAGCUGGGUGGU